AACAAAGUUGUCAUUUUAUAGGAAGGAAUAUAUGUAAUAUUUCGAACGUUAAUACAAAAACUGGACAGAACAUACAUUUGAUCAAUACAAAUAAUACAUUAUGAAUGUUGCAUAUAUAUCAAAUAUUUUAUUUAAUAUAAAAUAUAUUUUAUAUCUUUGAAUUAAUUAAUAUAAAUACAAACCCAGUCAAUUUGUUCGUGAGUGUUUCAAAACCAUCAACGGCUAUUAAAAGAUUACUAGCGAAGAGGAAGAGGUUGCAUGAAAAAUCGUGCAAUGAAAUGAACGGCGCAUUACUAACAAUUUCUAAACAGUAUGAGGAUGAACUUCGAAGUUGUACCGAAGAACUCCAGAUUGAAAUUAAUGGGCUUCGUAAUGAAAUUGAACGUAUACAAGACAAACUACAUAAAGUAGAUCUCUUAGAUUUGGAUGAAAUGGACUACGAAUCAACUUGGGAAGGAAUAGGGAUUUUGAUCGAUCGUGAGAAACUUCUAAUCAAUCAAUUCCAUGACCAUUUGAGGGAAAUCGAAACAAAACGGAGGGAUUGCGCAAAACCGAUUAUACAAAAGUACUAUGAAAUCUUGCGGAAAGCUUCACAUCUUUUACCGGAUCAAAUCGAUGAGUAUGUGGAACAGGAAAUGCAGGUUAGACUACGAAAUUUUACAAAAUCCAGAAAUGAUAUUUAUGAGCAGUGAUGAAGGUAAAUUAGCAAUGUCAGAAUUGAACGAAAAGAAGAAUCUAAUGCAAAGAACAUUAAAACAAUGGGAUGUGAAUAUUCCAUUUUGUGAAGAGGAUAUUAACUACUGGAGUACAGAGUUAAAUAAUGUGGCUGCAACGUUAGGUGACUCCGUUAGAAACCUGAUCAAUUCGUAUCGGAACAAACUCUCAAGUAUAUAUAAUGAUUUCUGCAGUCAUGCUGAAAACAUUAAAAAUGUUGAGACGAAUAUUGGUCCUCAACAACAAAGUAUCACGAGUGUGGAUACGAUGAUUCAAUCUGUGAAGGAAGUGUUCGAUGGAAUCAUUUUUAAAUUACAGGCAUGAUUCUUUAUUAUUAGAUAUAUCUUACAACUUCCAUUACAGACGAUAUAAAGAUUAUCCUAACAUUCCGUUUAAUAUAGAAGAUGUAAUUUAAUCUGCUCCAGUUGCCACAAAAUUUCUAACGGAAAUAUAAAAUUCACUUGCCACUUUCAGACAAUAGUAUUAUUUAAUUUUAUAAAAAAAAGAUUACCGAAUAUGUUGCUUCAAGAAGUAUCUAAGUUCCACAGUUUAUGUGCAAAGUAAUGAUUCGUAUGAUAAGUGUUUUUUAAAAUACAGAAAUUACAAAAUGACGCACACACAAUGCUUUGACCCAAUGACAAUACUUUUGUUUCUAGGAAUUGCAAGAAAGAAAUUUGCAUAAAAUAGAUGAAGUAGUACUGGCAACGAUUAACUUCUUGUACGAAUGCGUUUCAUUUUGGGCAUGGCAAGAAAGUCAGUUAUCUAAAAUAAAGGAGUCCAUCUUAAUUUCUGUGAACAACAUCGGUAUUAAAGGGGAGGAAAACUGUAAAAAUGAGGAAAGUAAGUUGAAGAGUCAGAUAGCAAGUCUGAGACAAGAACAUGACGAGAGGAGAAUGGAAAAGCAUGUAAAUGCUUCAUUGGAUAUUCUGGUAACUUUACAACGGAAAUUAUUUGAAGAUGGUGGUAAUUUUAACAAUGAAGAAUAUAAGUUUUUUCAAAAGGAAUUAAUAUCAUGCAAGAAAUUGAUAGACCGUGCAGCAAUAAUAAGCACUUCGAAGUUGGAAAAGACAAUUAAGGGAAUAAUUUCAGAGCUCGAACAGAAAAAAAAUAAAAUAUUGUACCACACGGAUGGUAUACUGCAUGUUGUGAAAUUUCAUGAGGAAAUUUCCCUUACAUUGGACAGAUGCAAAAUAUCUAUUGAACAACUGAUAAAUAAACUAUAUGACGAAACUAAAGAGUUUGCUGUCAAUGUCAUAAAUCUCACCGAAACCGAUAUAAGUUAUUCACAACAAAAUAUACCUGUAAGUCCAUUAGUUAACGAUUGGCUUUCAGUCUUGAGUAUGAGUGGUGAUAGAAUGGAAGAUUUAAAAAUACCAGUUCCUGCUGUAAGAAUACCAAUAAAUGGAUGCUAUAAUUUCAAAGACGUGAGGUCUAACGGAGAAUUUCAAAGUAAAAGCAAGAGGCAGAAUAUCUCAAAGAGUUUAACUAAUUACAUGAAUGUACUAUUUGGCUCAAAUGAUCUAACACUAGAUGGAAACCACUUUGCUUCAAUCGUUAUGAAUAUCAUUUGGAGCACCUUCAUCCGCAUUCAAGAAAAAGCAAUGAGUUUUUUCUCGUCUGUGAAAGAACCGAAGCAAAUAUCGGACAGUAUGUACCAUGAUUUAAUGCAGAAGACAGUACUUCGGUUACACUGUUAUCUUCUUCAAACAGAGGAUGUUUGGAUAAAGAAAUUGGCAGAGAAUUUACGAAUUUACGAAGUACUGAAACAAUAUACAGCGAACUGGAUUCUGAAGUGUGUUGAAUAUUUUAACAAGAUGCAUAUUGUUCCUAUCAUGUCGAAGAAGAAACAUAUGAUUACUACGGUAGAAAAUAUGAUCAAAGAAGGUUUUACUAGACGUGAUAAAGUAUUAGAAAGUCUCAAAGUGUCACAUGGAUAUCCAGGUCAUAGGAAUUCUUCGGAGACAUUAGUUGGAAACUUACGAAAAAAUGAACAGAUUUUAUGUGACAAUAUUAAACUUACAUUUGAACAAUAUAAAGUAAGCGUUAAAGAAUUGCACCAGAUAAGAAAAAUGUUAUUUAAUAAGUUCUAUUACAUUUUGUCUCAGUUAUUGGAUAUAUUGUUUCAUAAUAUAAUUUUCAUUUCAUGUAAAAUUAAGUAAUUGUACAGUUGUUAUGAGCUAUUUAACUACUAAUAUGCAAAAAUCUGAUAAAUAUUUUCUUAUUCUAUUAAACAUAUUCUUCUAUAUAGGAUAACCUACGAAAGCUUUGUGAUUCGUAUAAACCAACAAUGUUACUAUCGAUUGAACCACUGAGGGCUGUUGUUCAUAAAUUAAAAGAUUUGGACGAAUCUUUGGAUUUAUAUAGUAUCUUAAAUCAAAGACUGCUUAAUGUUAGUAGUAAACUCUCCAUGGAGAAUGCAGACGAAAAUUUGU